AUGGACAUCAAUUCACUUCUUUCUCCUUCAGAGACCCCUCGCGCCAAUUCACUGACUCCCGGUUCUGGAGCCUCAUCGCAGUCACCACUCAAACAUGUACAACGGACACACUCCGGUCCUGGAACGCAACCGACAGCAAGUUCACCUCUGGCGCGUGCUAUUCAACCUCCAUCAAGCAUUCCAGCUCACGUGAGAAGUCCAUCUCAACAGCCUCCCCACUCGUCACCACUCAUCAGCCCUGUUCCCAUAGGCUCCGCAUCUACCCCCUUCCCACGCUCAUCCUCCACUUCGACCAUGGAGAAUUUGGCAGAUUUAGCAUCUAUUCAGAAUCACCAGUCGUCAAAGCUUACUCCUCCGAGGUUGUCUAGUUGCGACUCGUCCGACAGCCAGAAAUCAUCCUCGGGCCUUUUCCCUCACUUGACAUCUGCCGGAGUGACCUCAAACCCUCGCGCAUCCUUCGACAUUGCAAUGGUCGAGACUCCUAAGCAACUUCUCCGCGCCGAUUACACCGACAGUUCCCUUCCGGUUGAAUCCCAACAGAGGCUCGCUACGUUGGUGGCGUAUGUCCAAGAGACUCCAUCCUCGUACGAUGCCCACCGGGAGAUCAUCAAAAUUCUGCAUCAAGGCUUUGUCGAUCAUAUUUAUCCUUCUUCUAGUCCCAAUGCUCGCCGAGACCCGAGAACUUAUGACCUUCUCCCUGAAUUGCGACAGGCGCGUGAGAACUUGGACAAGCUCUUUGCUGUUGGGGAGGAACAGUGGCUUGAUUGGCUUCAGGAUGAGAGUAUCCUUGCUCAAACUGCCGAAGAGAGAGUUGCAGUUGUCGACAAGUGUCGUCGAGCAGUCAGUGAAGAGUAUGGCAGCACACAACUAUGGAUCGCAUACGGAGAUUGGGUCCUCCACUGCUACAAAUGGGCCCUUGACUCGCCAACUGAUGCCCUCGGAGAAACUGUCGAUGCAGAACGCCUGGUUGGUCGUGAAGUUUUCGACUGGAAACUUGUCAUCGACACUUGGACCGAAGGAGUUGAACGCACAAAGCAUGACAUGAGUCGCAGUCAUGAGGUUUGGGACAAAUACAUGACUGUGAGGUUUGGGGAUACCGGCCAAAAGUUAUCUUCAACUGAUACUGCCAUCGUUCUGGACCUUUUUCAAUCUCGCCUCCGUGUGCCCCAUGCUGAAUGGCAGUCAACUUUCCAGUCGUUUUCGACCUUUGUAUCAGCAAACCUACCCGCCGAUCAAUAUGAGAGCGUCAUGGCGUCCAAUCUCAAAGAAUCCGCUCUCACGAGGAAGUUGUGGGAGAACCGAGAUAUGUUUGAGACAAUGUUACGGGAAGCACACGCAAGUGGAGACCAAAGUGCCGAGUAUCAAGCAUUUUUAAAAUACAUUGAAUGGGAAUGCGCCGGGAACCGAAACUCACAGGCCCAACAAAAGGGAAAAGGCAAACGCGUCACGCAAGCGGCUCAAAACUCCGAAUUUGAUAUGAUUUUGGCUCUCCAUCAACGUGCAGAACUUCGUUUUCCAUCGGUUCCAGCGAUAUGGGAACAACACAUUGACUACCUAUUGGACGAAUCCAAAUCAGAUUUGUUGGAAAUCCUGGCUAGAGCCACUAAACAUUGUCCAUGGUCGGGAGCGUUAUGGAAACAGUAUCUUUUGACGUCAGAACUUGCGGAUGAAUCGUUCGAUGAGACGGAGAAAGUCAAGCACAAAGCCACUAGCACGGGACUCUUGGAUGCUGCUGGUAUUGAGGAAGCUCUCAUCGUUUACGACGCGUGGUGUGGAUAUCUUUUACGUCGAACGAAGCGACCGGAUGCCGUCGAGGAGGAUGCGGAUGUGGCAGAGAUGGGUAUCAGGUCGUCCAUUGAGGCCGUGCACAGCCUCGCUUCGAAAUUGGGAAUUGGAGCUGAUUUCGAUCCUUCUUUUCGAUUACAACGAAAAUAUGUUGAAUAUCUCAAAUCUCAACGAAGAUUCGACAAUGCUCGGGCGCAGUUUGACGAUGCCCUGGUGGAUUAUGGAAAGCACUACAAAUUUUGGUUGAGAUUCUACGAAUUCGAACUCCAGAAAUCGGUCCAAAUGGCGUUAAUCCAGCGGACAAGCCCGGAACGAGCGGCUUCUCUGUCGUCCGCACCCUUUGCUGUGGGCGUACUCAAACAGGGUUUGCAAUACCCAGAUCUCGAUUACCCGGAACCGCUCAUGGACGCGUUGUUGAACCAUUGCGAAGACUAUGAAGAUGCCGAUGAAUUACAGAGUGCUCUAAGCUUGGUGCGGAAAGUUCGGAAAAGUCUCACGGCGAAGAGACAUCGAGAAGCAGUUCAAGCCAAAGAAAUAGCACUCCGAUCUCAACCAGCGGAGCAUGAACAUGUUGAUCGAACUCAAGAGGCUGCCAAUGGAUUUCAUAUCGGAAAGCGUAAACGUGACGACGAGCCAGAAGAGCAUGACACCAAAAAGAGAUCUAGGGGAGACGAUGUGGCACAAGGCACGGACGAGCCACCUGCAACCUCGUCAGACCAAUUCAAGCGUGACCGUGAACAUUCCAGCAUUCUCGUCCAGAAUCUGCCGACUGAUGUCACAGAAACAAAGAUUCGCCAGUACUUUAGCAGUUGUGGAACUGUGAAAAGCCUGAAACUCCUGCCUGACGAGGAGAACGGUGUUGUGAUUGAGUUCGAAGAUGCAGAUGCAGCCUCCUACGCGCUCUCUCGGGAUGGAAGAGAGUUCGAAGGCUCGACGCUCUCGGUGGUUCUCAAUACUGGAUCGACCCUGUUUGUCACCAAUUAUCCCGCGGCGGCCGACGAAGCUUACAUUCGGAAACUUUUCAGCCCGUACGGAGAAAUUCUGAACGUGCGCUUUCCUUCCCUUCAGCGGAACAAAAGGCGAAGAUUCUGCUAUGUUGAAUUCAAACUGCCCGCGGAAGCCCAGGAUGCAACCGAACUUGAUAACAAGGAGAUAGACGGAUUGCACAUUGUGGUCAAAAUAUCUAAUCCAGCAGCUCGACACGCGAGGACCGGGAAAGAGAAUGAUGGUCGAACGAUAUUUGUAGGCCAGUUACCGUUUCGAGCCACGGUUAAAGACGUCGACGAGCUGUUCUCGCAGUAUGGAAAGGUGGAGCACGUCAAACUUCCACAGAACGCAAACACCAAAGGUCAAAACAGGGGUAUUGCGUUUGUCACUUUCGCCAAUUCUGGACAAGCACAGGCGGCUCUGGCCAUGAAUGAGCAAGGGUUUAUGAGUCGAACUCUCGCUGUCCAUAUGACUGCUGACGGGAGUGCUCGAACCAACCAACAAGUUAAUGGCCGCUCGAAAUCGCCAUCGAUGCGGUCGGAUGGCAACCACGAAUCAGCACCUUCGCGAAAGCCAUCGGACCAUGUCGUUUCAUCCAUUGAAGAACGACGACAACGAACCAUUGCCAUCUGUGACGUGCCUGAUACGGUGAACGAAAGCCGAAUCAAAGCUAUCGCCGAAAAAAUUGGUCCCGUGUACAAAGUCAUACUCAAAACAAAUCAUCGGGGUGCCUUGAUUGAAUUCGAAAAUAUUCCUGAUGCUGGUCGAGCUAUGAUAGAACUUGACGACUAUGAGAUCGACCCAGGUCGACACAUUCGUGUUACUUCCGAAAAGGAAAUGCUUCAGCAAAAACCAGAGCACAGGCAAGGCCAAUUUGUCAAACGCCCAGCUCCGAAUCGUCCAAAACCUGCCGCGAAUGGUCCAAUCAAACGUCCUACACAACCCGGUAUCAGGAAAGGAGGGCAUCUCGGUCAGAGAUCUGCUCUUUUCCACUCUGAUGGGAAGAAUGGCUCUACCACCAAUGAGCAGGGAGAUGCGAGGAAAAAGACAAAUGAUGACUUUAGAAAUUUGAUCAGCAAGGGGGGAGAGGCUGAAUAA